AUGCUUCGCGCAUCCGUUCUCGCGGCCUUCGCGCUCGCGUCCGCGGCGGACGACUGGGACGCGGGGACGAACGGCACGUGCCCGCGGCUCUGGAGCGCCUGCGGCGGCGACGUCGAAGCCUGGACGGGCCGCCUCGACGCGAGCGAGCUGCUCGUCAUGGUCGUCACGGGCCAGGCGACGUGGAAGAAGCGCGUCGGCGCCAUGAUCCUGCCGACCUGGGGCCGCCGCGUGUCCGCGUCGCUCGUGCUGCUCUCCGACGCCUGCGGCAGCGACGGUACGGUCCCCACGGUGACAUUACGGCUCGCAGGGCUGCCCCCGGGCGCGUGGGGCGCCUUCCCGCGGCAGGCCCGCUACGAGGCGUCGAAAGCCAACGGCUACGAGCUCGCCCAGCUCCGCUGGCCCGUGGGGCUGCAGUUCGCCGCCUGGCUCGCCGCGCGGCGGCCCUUCCGAUGGGCGCUGACGCUCGACGACGACGCGUACCUCGCGGCGGGCGCCCUGCGGCGCUACGUCGCGGCCCUGCCGGACGCGCGGGCCUACUGGGGCGCGCCCUGCGCCGAGGUCCACGGCCGCAGCGACCUCGGCGCGCGGCUCUGCGGCGGCGGCGGCUGGCUCUUCGGCCGCCGGGGCCUGCUCGCGGGCGGCGCGUGCCCGACGCGGUGCCUCCAGCGCCGCGGCGAGUUCAGCGAGGCCUUCCCGCAGAGCGACAAGCUGCUGCCCCACUGCCUCGCCGAGGACGGCGUCGAGUUCCGCGCGUCGCCGAACUUCCUGCCCCUGCCGCCGUCGUUCUACGUGGCCUACGACGACGUGCGGAACAACGCCGUCGGCGGCAGGGCAGCAAAAGAGAGCGAAAUUCCCAACUUCAAAGGCUUCGAUCUCGGCCAUUUUUCACUCGUUUCGGCUGAUUUUUGGACGAGCGAUCAUCUCUCGGAACGGUCGGCGGCGCGCCGCUGA